ACGCAAGAUGAUUUUCAACUCCUCGGUUGAUCGGAUCUUCGAAGACUUUGGGCGGAGGCAGCAUGCAAUGAUCGAUUUCACUCUCUGCGAUCGCCAGGAAUUGCUGGAGAAAAUUGAGACCAUAGUGGAUGAAAACGGGCCACGAUAUCUCACCUUUGCUCAGGAGGCCGGUACCAUUGUUACGCCUGUAUGUGCCAAACCACCUCUUAACCUGGUGUUGUGUGGGAGACAUGCAACCUGGAAGACUUCAGUAGCCAAAGCCCUUCUGGGACAAAUACAGUUUGGUUCAUCAGAGAGCGUGAAACAUCAGGGAGAGGUGUGUGGACGUAGGGUCUCUGUGGUGGAGCUGCCUGCCUUGUAUGGAAGACCUCAGGAGGCAGUGAUGGAGGAAUCACUCAGGUGUGUCUCCCUCUGUGAUCCUGAGGGUGUCCACGCCUUCAUCCUGGUCCUACCUACGGGCCCCCAAAGUGAGGAAGACAAGGAAUUGGAGACCAUCCAGAGGACUUUCGGCUCCAGAGUCAAUGACUUCAUCAUGGUUUUCUCUGUGGAGGACAAUCCCGAUGUUGUAAAGGUAGAGUCAUUGCUCCUCAAGACUUAUGAUGGAAAACAUCUUGUCUGCAACAUCAAGGACAAGCAGCAGGUCUCUCAAGUUUUACUUGCAGUAGAAAACAUGCGAAUCGAAUGCGGAGGCUUUACCAAAGAAAUGUUUCCUCAUCCUCCAAAGACGGUUAGAAGACAGACAUCAAAUGUGGAAAGCCAAGCGCAUCCAGGAAUUCAGAGGAAUCUUUUGAAUACAUUGUCUCUAAGACUAAAAUAUCCCAGGAGGGUGUCCAGGACAGAGUCUCUCAAGGUUGAGCCAAGAACUGAGUUCCCGAGGUUGGAGGCGAGUGGAGGCACUCCGAGGGUGGAGCACCAGUUCGAUUCACAGAGGGUGAAUUCUAGAAGCGAGUCUCCGAGGUCUCGGGCAGGUAGAAAGUGUCUCAGGAUGGUGCUGAUAGGAAAGACUGGUUGUGGGAAGAGCGCCACCGGGAACACCAUUUUGGGCAAAGACAGCUUUCGAUCUACAGUUUCUCAAAUGUCGGUGACCAAGCGUUGCCAGAAAGUAACCAGGGAGGUCGAUGGACGUUUCGUCACCGUGGUCGAUACCCCCGGCUUGUUUGACACGACUCUGACCAACGAAGAAGUCAGAAAGGAGCUGGUGGAGUGCGUCGGCAUGUCAGCUCCCGGACCGCACGUCUUCUUACUGGUGCUGCAGAUCGGACGCUUCACACAGGAGGAGAAAGACACUGUGAAACUCAUCAAGGAGUUCUUCGGCAAGAAGUCUGAAGACUUCAUCGUUGUUGUGUUCACCAGAGGGGACGACCUUGAAGACCAAACCAUUGAGAACUAUAUUGAAGAAGACGGUGACGACUCAUUGAAAAAGUUGAUGACUGAAUGUGGAGGACGAUACCACGUCUUGAAUAACAACGAAAAAGAAAAUCGCUCUCAAGUCAGCCAGCUGAUGACCAAGGUGGAGUCGAUAGUCAGAAAGAAUGGAGGUGGAUACUUCACCUCUGACAUUUUCCAAGGAGCAGAAGAAGGCAGACUGAAGGAGAUGCAGAAGCUGUUACAAGAACUCCAUGAGAAGAAACUCCGGAGUGAAGAGGAAGAUCUCGUCCAGACAGUCGAAGCAGACAGUAAACUCGCAAACAGAUACAGCAUGGACAGCUCAGCGGCCAAAGAGACAAUAAUGCAACUGAUCAGAAGGAGAAAGGCCGACCAGAGAGACGCAGAGAAGAUGAAGCAAAGACACAACAAGGAGAUGAAGGAUCUGAAGUUGCAACUGUUUUUGCAAGACCAGGAUCAUCUGAUCAAACAAAUAAAUGAUCUAGAGAAGAAACAGGAGGCUGAAAUAAACAACAGGAUAGAAGCACACAUGGACAAGAACAAGCAGGACAAAGCGUGUUCUAUCCUAUGAGGACAGCUGCUUUGACAUGACAUUUCACCUUGACCUCCAGUUCACCACGAAAGAGCAAUCACACGACGUGCAGCGAACACACAGCUCAUAAAAUAUAAAAUCAUUACCUUUAAGUUCAUCAAUGUUCAUGUAACAGCAAGAGUAGACAAACACGAUGUUUUCUGACGAUUAAGGCAAUUAAUUUAAGGAUGUAUUGAAGUAGGGAUUUUUCUUCAUUGUUUCAUUGUUGAACUUAAAAUGUUUUAAUGCUUAAUUGGUCACCAUGUUUUAGGAGAGUUGUGAUGCCAUUAAUGAGUAUUUAGUGAAGUAUAGUCUCCUGUUCUCAAUAGGAUAACUUUAUUAUUAAAUAAACGUAUGAAUGUACAUAUGAAAACCCAUACGCUGGUUCUACUUUGACGUUGUUGGGAGCCUUAAAUCCAGCAGGCUUGAAACAUUGUUAAAAAACGUGUGUGUUCAUAUCUACUGAUUUUCAACAUAAUGAACAUUUAUUUUUUAUGUACAACAGCUCAUGUGCUAUGAUUAGAUGUUUGACGUGACGCUUCGGCCUUUUGCAUUGCGCGGCGCGAGCUUCCUGCUGGUGACCAGUUCGACCGGUUUGUUGACUGCACGCAGCGCUUUGCUUUGUCUUCCUGUCUCUGGACGUCUUAACGUUGUUAAUGAACUGUACAUAUAAUACUUUUAUAAUAAACAUACAU